AUGUUCAAUCUAUCAGAUCAGUCCUACCCCGAAGUCAAUCCUAAGAUGGAGCCUAUAUUCCCAGGUUCGAAUCCCUUUGAAAAUAAUGAAUAUCCGGUGAUGACCAGAAUUGUAACAGAGCCAUUAUCGACAAGGAUAACAACAUCAACAAUAAAAUCAAUGCUUCCAAAUGAAGCAUCCAAUAAUCUGUUAGAAACAAAUAAAAGUCCAUCAAUGAUCUUCACAACAUCGUCACCACCACAGAUAAAAACAGGAUCGUCAUUGAAAUCAGUAACAAUAAAUCAGUCAGAUGACCUUCAAAAAUCUUGUCAACAAGAUACAAAUUCUAUGAAGAAAUUUAGUCAUACAUCAAUAGUAACAAGUACAAGUACGAGUCAAUUUUCUACAGAUUCAAUUUCACCAUUAACAGAUAGCAAAAUAAACAGUGAAAUGAAUAUCUAUGACACUUCUAAACACAUACAUCCACAAGAUAAUAUAGAAGAGAAUAAUGGUAAUUAUCAUCAACCUCAACAGAUCGACCUAACACCGACAACAUCAUCAUUAUCAACUUACUCUUGUGGUACGUUUUAUCGAUAUCAUUUCAUGAAUCAGUUGAUGAUGAAUUCAAGUUUACCAAACUGUAAUACAAAUACUACAUAUAAUCAUAGUAAUAGUAAUACAGGUGGUACAAACAGUGAAUCAACAUCAUGUGGUUUAAAUGCCUCUUGGUCAACACCAUCUCCACCAAAUGGUGGUGGAUUCAGUAGUUCAAGUUUAUUCAAUAAUGAUAUACGUACAGUGUAUAAUGGUACUGAUGAAUUACCUUCACAAAAUUUAAUUUCAUCAACUGAUUCAUUAAGAGAACUACAGUCGUCUAUAUUGAAUAAUAUACAAGAAGUGAAUAAUAAUCAUUGGUCGAACAACUGUGAUCGUGUUGACAGUAAUACUGCUAAUGGAUGUGGAGGUGUUAACGUAGAUAUAUCAGCAUAUUACCAGUCGACAAAUCAAUAUCUACACAACCCUCAUUAUUAUACCUAUAUGCAUAAACUUAAUUUAGCCGGUUAUAAUUUAACUACACCAAAUCAUCAAUUUCCUUUGGGCGAUGUAAAUAAUAAUAAUAAUAAUAAUAGUUUCUCACCUGAUGAAGAUCAAACAUCCCUAACACCAUCGAUAUUUAUGUCAUCAAGUACACCUGUGUCAACGACGACAUCGAAAACAAUACAUAAGUUGUAUGCAUUGAAUAAUAAUCAAUCGUAUCAAACAUUAACAACAGGCAUAGACAUUAACAAUACAAAUGAUGUUAGUAACAUAGGCCUCAGUUAUAUUGCACCUAUACCAUUCUAUAUAAGUAGUAGUUCAAAGUCAAGAAGCACACGAACAGAUAGUUCAAGUGAUGAUAGUCAAAGUAAUCAAGGGAUGUUAUAG